UAUUUAUUGGGAGAAGCAUCUUUAGAGCAAUUUUGAUUUUGAAGCGUAAAUUAUACAAGUACAUGUCACCACCGCCAAUUAGAUCCUAAUUUAAAAGUUGAAAACACAAAACAGAUUCAAAGUACCACUUACCUACUUCACUUUUUAUUCUUUCUCUCUCUUUCCUUAGUUGUGGGAGAAUUUCUUCUUCAUCAAUAAAUAUCACUCACUCCAAAUUUCUUGCCUCUGCAUAUUUCUUCACUCUCUUCAAUAUUGUACAUACAUACACAUAUACAUAAAUAAAUAUGGAUGAUGAAUAUGCUAAGCUUAUAAGGAGAAUGAACCCACCUAGGGUUGUGAUUGAUAAUAAUGCAUGUGAAAACGCCACUGUUAUUCAGGUUGACAGUGUAAACAAACACGGGAUACUCUUGGACGUAGUCCAAGUUAUUUCAGAUAUGAACCUUGUGAUUAAAAAGGCUUAUAUUUCCUCUGAUGGAGUUUGGUUUAUGGAUGUGUUUAAUGUGACGGAUCGAAAUGGAAACAAGAUCAAAGAUAAAGAAGUCAUUGAUUAUAUUCAGAGGGUAGGAAGUUGUCUAUUUGCAAUUUCUAGAAUGCUUCAAUUGACGCUUAUUUAUGUUGCUCGAUCUCUGUGGAAGGGUGAUUUUACCGUUCUUUGCUAGAAAUCUUCAAAGACUUGAAAAGAAUCCGAGCUUUGAAACGUCAAUGAGAGAAUCUGUUGGGGUUGUACCUACCGAAGAGCACACUGUUAUUGAACUCACUGGCACAGACAGGCCUGGUUUACUAUCUGAAAUCUGUGCGGUUCUUGCAGACCUUCGCUGUAACGUGGUUACUGCCGAAAUUUGGACGCAUAAUACUAGAGCUGCAGCCGUAGUUCAUGUAACCGAUGAUUCCAGUGGUUGUGCCAUAGAGGAUCCCUCCCGCCUCUCCACAAUAAGGGAUUUGCUUUGCAACGUCCUCAGGGGGAGUGAUGAUCCGAAGACAGCAAAAACAGCACUUUCACAUCCUGGAGUUACGUAUAGGGAUAGAAGAUUACAUCAGAUUAUGUUUGCUGAUAGGGACUAUGAAAGGGUUGAAAGGGCAGGACUUAGAGAAAGAGAUAAAGGUCCAUUUCCGCAUGUAACUGUCUCAGACUGUACCGAAAGGGAUUAUACUGUGGUUAUCAUGAGAGCGAAAGAUCGACCGAAGCUGCUGUUUGAUAUUGUUUGCACUUUAACUGACAUGCAGUAUGUAGUUUUUCAUGGCGUGGUUCAGACAGAAAGGACCGGGGCUUAUCAGGAGUUUUAUAUUCGGCAUGUUGAUGGCUUUCCCAUAAGCUCAGAGGCUGAGAGAGAACGGCUUAUACAGUGUCUUGAAGCGGCAAUUGAGAGGCGGGCAUCUGAGGGGAUGGAGCUGGAAUUGUGCACAGAAGAUCGUGUAGGACUCCUCUCGGAUAUCACAAGGAUUUUCCGCGAGAACAGUUUAUGUAUCAAAAGAGCAGAAAUAUCAACAGAAAACGGGAAGGCGAAAGACACUUUUUACGUCACUGAUGUAACUGGUAACCCAGUUGAUCCGAAGAGUAUUGAUUCAAUCCGUAGACAGAUCGGCGACACGGUACUGCAGGUGAAACAUAACUCUAGUCUUUCACCAAAACCACCUCAAGGAACAACAAUUGGGUUUCUCUUUGGAAGUUUUUUCAAAGCUAGAUCUUUUCAGAAUUUUAAGUUGAUCAGAUCCUAUUCUUAAAUGUCCUCUCCUGUGUAUAUUCUCACUAUUUCGUCGUGUUUCAAGUCAAAACAGAAAAAUGCAUACUUGUAAAAGAAACUGUAAGUAUCUAUUUUCCUCCCCUAAGCAAGAGGGGCUUGGAAUUUAUACUGCACAGUAGGAACCUUAAAAUAUCUAUGCUUUAGUCUAGUGUAAGUAGUUAUGUACAGUAACAUAUUACUUAGGUUAAGUGUGGUGUAAAUAGUCCUAGAUUAUCAAAUCCAAAAAAGGAAAUAGUUCAUUUAGUUGUGUUUGUAUAUGGUGUAAAUAGUUUCUAGAUUAUUAAAAAUCCAAGAGUAAAUACUACUUUUGGUUAGUGUAAUUUGGAGUCCAUGUAAAUGUGAAUCUGUGUUGUACAUGUAACUUCAGAUAUGUACAUGAAAUUGGAUAGAAAAAAUGUAACUAUGUAUAAUUGUAAAUAACCUCUCUCUUUCACUCUCAA